AUGAGCACUCGAUUGGAAGCGCAACACGAGGAGAUGGACGCGCCGCGCUCCAACUCCAUUGGCAGCAAGAUCAGGCGAAUCGUAUGGGACAGCGAUAACAAGUCCGAGGUGGAACGCAAGUUCGUGCGCAAGCUGGACUGUGCGCUCUUGACAAUCGCCAUGCUGGGCUAUUUUGUCAAAUACCUCAGUCAAGCCAAUAUCGCCAAUGCCUAUGCCUCAGGGAUGAAGGAGGCCUUGAACUUCCAAGGUGAUCAGUACAAUGUCCUGCUCACCAUGUUCACUGUCGGAUACGUUAUCGGUACUUUCCCCGGAACAAUGAUGAUGGUCUGGCUCCGCCCUUCGAUCUGGCUUCCCUCGUGCGAAGUCGUCUGGACCAUCCUCGUGAUGUGCUGUGCGGCCGCCAAGAACCCACAGACGCUCUACGGUCUGCGAUUCGUCAUUGGUCUGCUCGAAGCGACUGCUUAUCCCGGAAUGAUCUGGGUCCUCGGAAACUGGUACGGACCAGCUGAGCUGUCGAAGCGAGUUGUCAUGUUUCAGGCUACUUCAUCGGUCGGUACCAUGUUCUCGGGCUAUCUCCAAGCUGCGGUUCACGCUGAUCAUGGACGGUGUCAUCUGCUUGCCCAUCUGCAUAGCAGGCUUCUUCCUCAUCCCGGACUCGCCGACAACAUCAACCCCCGCUCCCGCUGGCUCUUCAAGGACGAGGAUAUCGACAUGGCCAUCGCCCGCGCGCAAAAGUGGAAGCGAGCACCGAGGAAGGGAUUGACUGUCAAGGCGUUCAAGGACACCUUCUCCACCUGGUGGGCAUUCGCUAUCCCCUACGUCGCGUUCGUGGUCGGUCUCGGCUCUUACCAGUAUAUGAACCUCUGGCUCGCCGCUACCCCUCCAUGGCGCGGCAAUAUCACUCUCAUCAAUGUCAUCCCUACCGGUGGAUACGCCAUCUCCAUCUGCGCAAGUCUGAUCUACUCGUGGGUCAGUGAUGGAACGGGGAUGCGAUGGCAGAUUAUGGUCUUUGGCGGGAUCCCGCCCUUGAUCGGGAACAUUAUUCUCUCUACCUGGCCCGAAGCCAACUCGACCAAGUUUGUCGGCUUCUUCCUCAACUUUACCGCUACGCCGAUCGGAGCUAUCAUGUUGGCAUGGGCAAACGAGCUGCUGUCAGACAGCGCAGAGGCUCGUGCUAUCACUAUCGGGUUCCAGAACACCGCAGCAUACGCCGUCAACGCAUGGGCGCCGAACCUCAUUUUCCCAGCCAGUCAAGCUCCCAUCUACCGCGCCGGCUACAAAGUCACCGCCUGCCUCUUUGGCGUCUGGAUCUGCGGCAUCAUGGUCAUCAUCUACCUGUACAAGAACGCCCCAGUCACCAAGUGGAAGAAGCAGCGCGAGGCGGACGAAGCAUCGGCACACUCGGACGAGAACGAUGAGAAGAAGGGUGUGGACGAGACUGCGACGGGUUUGGGAGGGAUUGCCGAUCUUGGGAGGAUCGAGGGGGCUGCCACGAGACAGCCAUAG